AUGACAAACUCUAGUAUCCCCCCAACUAUGCGCGCAUGGUCCUACAAAGGCCGCGGCCAACUGGCCGAUGUACUCAACCUCACCUCUGACUUCACCACACCCAGCCCAUCGAAUCUCGGCCCCAACGACGUCCUAGUCAAGAUCGAAUACACCGCCUUCACCCCCAGCGCAAGCGCUCUUAUUUCCAUUCUUCCAAACUGGAUUCACACUCUCCCCGCAGUACCGGAGCUCGUGCUCUCCGGCACAGUCGCGGCGCUGGGGUCUAAUGUUGCGGCGAAACGUCCGGAUCUUACUAUUGGUGCCCGAGUGUUCGGUGGCACAUCUACACAGCUUUAUUUCAAAGGACAUGGGGCCUUGGCGGAGUAUUGUCCAUGUCCAGAGGAACAACUUGUUGUUAUUCCUAGUAGCAUCUCGUUUCGGGAUGCCGCUGCGCUGGGUGGGAAUGGCGUUACGGCUGUGGAGGUGCUUGAGGAACUUGGAUUGAAGAAGGGUGAGAAAAUUCUUAUCAACGGUGGGAGUGGUGCGACGGGGACCAUGCUUGUUCAGUGUGCUAGGGCUAUUGUUGGCGACAGUGGGCGUGUUGUGGCGACUUGUUCGGAGGGGAAUUCUGAAAUGGUGAAGAGAAUAGGGGCUGAUGAGACAAUCGACUAUCGGAAACAUGACCCUCUCCAUGAAUAUCUUGCCAAAGAGCACAGUGAAACCCGCUUCGACGCCAUCGCAGACACGGUUGGGAUACAAGAUCUCUAUACUCACUCCCCAAAAUAUCUCCGUGAAAAUGGCCGAUUUGUCAACAUUGGCGCUAUGCACAUUCAGUCUGGUCUGCAAGGUCUGUUCGGGUACAUAUGGUCACUGUGCGUCAAUCUAUUAUGGCCAAAGAUCCUGGGCGGAACGCCGCGCUGGUAUAAGAUGGUUACAGCGACGCCGAAUCAAUUUACUUUGUCCCGCUCCGGGGAAUUGGCGGAGAAGGGGCAUUUGACUGCUAUGAUAGAUUCGGAGUGGGAAAUGGAAGAUGUUUUGGAAGCAUACAAAAAGCUUCAUUCGCAACGCGCGAAAGGGACGAUUUUGGCUCGAAUUCCGAGAUAG